CUGCGACGUCUGUACCUGUAACAGGUGGUCUGAACGGCGCGCAGAACUCCUUCCUGUCGGCCAUUCUAAAUGACAAUCCAUACUUCCAAGCCGGGUUUGGUAUAAUGGGUCUAGGCGUCGGCUUGACUGUCCUCCGCCGCGGUCUGACACUGUCCGCGUUUGCGCUCCGGCGACAAUUGCUCGUCUCGCUCGAGAUGAACAACAAAGACCCGGCGUACGACUACUUCCUCACCUGGAUGUCGCAUCAGUCCGCCCGCGCAGAGGCUGGCGGUGCGCCGUGGUGGAAGAUUCGCUCUGCCCCGACAUGGAUGCGUAGCCGCCAGCUUGGCGUCCAGACAAUACACGAGCAGCGGAAGAACGGCAGCUCGUCUGUCAUGUUCAAGCUCGUCGCCGGACCUGGGACGCAUUACUUGCGAUACCGCAAAGUAUGGAUGCAGAUCAAGCGUGAGCGCGAGACAAAAUCGCCUAACCUCAUGACCGGCUCGCCUUGGGAAACGAUCACGAUCACGACUCUCUUCCGCGACCGGGAAGUGUUUGCGAACCUCCUCUCAGAAGCACGAGAUCUUGCGCUUCGCGGGCAGGAAGGCAAACUGGUCAUCAAUAUUCCAUGGGGUAUUGAAUGGAAACCGUUCGGACAACCAAGGCGCAAGCGGCCAAUACGGAGCGUCGUCUUGGAAGAUGGCGUGGCCGAGAAAAUAGAGGAAGACGUCAAGGCAUUCCUUCAACGGCGGCAGUGGUAUGCUGACCGAGGCAUUCCAUACCGCCGCGGCUACCUCCUGCACGGCCCGCCGGGGUCAGGCAAGUCCUCGUUCAUCCAAGCGCUCGCGGGCGCGCUCAACUACGACAUCUGCGUGCUGAACCUCUCCGAGCGCGGGCUCGCGGACGACAAGCUCAUCCACCUGCUCGCGAACACGCCCGAGCGCGCGUUCGUGCUCAUCGAGGACAUCGACGCCGCCUUCAACCGCCGCGUGCAGUCCUCCGCGGACGGCUACCAGUCUUCCGUCACGUUCUCCGGCUUCCUCAACGCUCUCGACGGCGUCGCGUCCGGCGAGGAGCGCGUCGUGUUCAUGACCACGAACCACCCCGAGCGGCUCGACCCCGCGCUCAUCCGGCCGGGGCGCGUCGACCUCGCCGUGUUGAUCGACGACGCGUCCCCGGGGCAGACGCGCAGCCUGUUUGAGCGGUUUUAUGGCGCUGGAGAAGAGGGGCAGGAGGGCUGGGAGCGGAUCCCGGAGGACGUGCUCAAGCGGCUGGCGGACGAGGUGGAGGAGACGGUGCGCGAGGAAUCGGCGAAGGGCCGCAGGAUCAGCAUGGCGGCGCUGCAGGGCCUAUUCAUUAGGAGCACGGCGCGCGACGCCGUGCGCGAGGUCAGGACGCUGUUCGUCGAGCGGGCGCCGCAGAUAGAGUGAACGAAAAGUACCGAUACAAUCUAUCACACCACCCGUUGAAUAACUUAGUGUGGUACAGUGUGCUAGAGUGCAGCAAGAUGCGAUGUGAGUAGACGGGAUGCGCGAGGCUAGAAUACAGCUUUCCGCUUGCGCCCGGUAUAUUGUGAGUCGCGUGGUACGCCCUCUUUUCCCCGUUUGCGGUAGAGCUCCUUUUUCUUCAGAAUCCAGUCCUUGUCCUUGAUGCCCUUCCGCUUCCCGCCCUUCUCCCUCGACCGCAAGCGCUCCCUCCUCUUCUCGAACAACGCCCGCCCGUCGUCCUCCUCGUCCACCUCCUCGCCCUCCAGCCCCUUCGGCACCUGCUGCUGCCCGCCCCCGCCCCCAACAUACAGACACAAAAACACCUUGCGCGCCUUCUUCGAGUUCGGGAAGUCGACGACGACGCCCCCGCCGAACCCCGCCUUCUGCGCGAUCGACGUGAUGAGCUGCACCUGGUCAUCCGAGGUCGGGUAGAACUGGAAGACAGCGCGCGAGGGGUUCUUGAGCGCGGCGUGCAGGGUGGUGAAGAAGCGCGUGAGGCGGUGCGGGGGCGAGGAUGUGGGGUGCGAGGUUUCGGCGUUCAGGAGCCAUUGGAGGACGGAUAUGCUGAUCGCGCCGUCGAAGCUGCCAGCCCGGAAUCCGAACCCUUGGCCGAUGUCUUGCAGGAAGAGAUCGCCCUCGACUUCCCGCUCCAGCGCGACCUCUAGCAUGCUGGGUGCAAUGUCGCAGCCGACCCAAAUAUGUCCCUCCUCAUCUAGGAUCUCUCCAGAUAAUCCGGAGCCACAACCGAUGUCGAGGAGGAAGGCAGGCUCGUCUGGGGGGAGGUUGAGGAGCUCGAGGGCGCGGUAGGUCAUGUCGGCCUGGAUCUGCUGCACUCGGGUGUUGUUGGUAUAUUUUGUGGCCUCAAUGUCGCCAUAAUAGAUUUCAGGCGGUGCCUGGAGCUCUGGUCUGGACAUCGGGGCAGCUUGCAAGCGUGCGUGUCUGAGCU